GGUACAACACAUGUGCACGUAUUUCUUAGCCGACGAACCGAUGUGCAACUGUUUGAAUGCGAUAGAUGAUCCCUUAUUUGUACAAGAUAUGGGGAUGACCGUGCGCACAGUACUCACAGAAGGCAUAUCCAUAGCCGCAUUCAUCGACAAUCCUAACGGUGGGAAACCCAUAAUUGCCGGUAUGAACGUUUUGGGUACUGAUAAUAAAAAUGAGCAGGAUUACAUGUACGAGUUUAAGUCGGAGAACUGCAAAUUUAUGUGCGCGAUUCUUGCAAAAGCAACGAAGGUGGUAUACGAACGUUAUCACGGAAUUGACAAGUAUCUGUAUGCUAUUGGGCUUAGCGUAGACCCCGCUUACCGAGGAUACGGAUUAGGCAAGGAUAUUCUGAAAAUCAGAGAUCUUAUCGGACCUAUGUACGGUGUGCCAGCGACAUCUCAAGUGUUCACAUCGAUAUUUUCGCAGAAGCCAGCGGCAGAAGCGGGAUUCGAAGAAUUCUCGAAAACAAAUUUUUCCAGUUUGGUAGAUAAGAACGGGAAGGAGUAUUUUCCCGGUAUUAGUACUAAGGAGUUUAAAGUUAUGGGUAAAAGGUUGCCUUAAAAUGUAGUCCGACAAGCGGGACAAUAACUAAUACGGAAAACGGAAAUUAGCUACUGUAGCAAAUUUAGUGAUAUUUAACAUCUUUUUUGCAGUGAGAGCUAUAAUUUAGCAAUAGUAGCAAAACCUUUUGCUCUCGCUGCAACAAAAUGUUAGCUGUUCUUAUUUUACAAUUAAAUUUGACAUAGUAGGUAAUCUUUUUUUUCCGUGAAAUAUUACGAGAAUUACUUAAUUUUGUAAUCUGGAGUAAUUUUCUAUUGCGUAACAAUUUCUACAUUGCAAACUGCUCAAUAUUUCUCAACAUUACCGUGAUGCGUUAAAACGAAUGACAAUAAAUGGUAUUUUUUCGGCGUAUUAUUAUUAGGUUCUUAUCGAAAUGUAGACAGACAUAUACCUCACGGUCAAUGAAAUAAAAUGAGUAAAAUAAGAAAAAAAUCUUUUAAAUGUAUUUAUUAAUCAACAUGUUUAAAUCGAAAUAACUGUAGAUGGAAAAAGAAAUAAAGAAAAUAGAAAUUUAUCGAAAA